AGACCAGCCUUCUAUCCGUAGUAUGAUACAGGCCUUGGGUACGGCCGGGUGGAGUUUACGAACGCGCGCUCGCGUUGACAGUCUUUGUUACCACAUGGACGAGCGGAGCCAGUGCCAGUCAGUUGCACGCUCGCCUCGCUCGCGCGACUCGUACGGCGUUCAUCUCCUUAUAUAGCGAAACGGAGCACCGGCGAGAGGGAAAUCCGCUUAUCAUGACCACGACGAUUACCCAGGAGGCCUACGACGAGGAGGUCAGGGAGCUGAUGGAGGGCCUCUGCAUGACCGAGGAGGAGGCGAUCGACGACGCUAUCAAGUGCUUCGAAACGAAGGGGAUAGAUCUGAGCAACAUCGUCACAGAUUCAGUUCUCGAGGAGAAAUAUAAGCAGAUAAUAAUAUGCCUGGAGCGACUGACGUGCGCGGUGAACGACAAGAGUUACGAACGCGUGCCGGAGACGUUGCAGGAACUGCGAACCGAGUUGGAUAAGGACAUCGGACGCAGGGUAUUCGCGGGCAAACGCAGAUGUUACAAUAUACUGCUCGACCUCCUGAAAGAUUGCAAGAAAAACCACGCGAUACUUAAAUCGACGCUGGAGACAAUCGCCUCACUAAUGUCCGGUUAUCCGGAUCUGUUGGACGACGAAGGAAUCGCGUUGCAGAUAGAGAUUUUAGAGAGUCAUUGCGAUACAACAACGUUACAAUGCCUGCUGCGUUGGAUACGAGAGUGCUGCAUAAAGCACGAGUUUAAUAGGCAAAAGAUCUUUAACACCAAUAUCUUUGAGAAGCUCAAAAAAAUAUUGGUGCGCACGGACGUGGGCGCGCAAGAGAUCAAGGAUGCAUGCUCGGUAAUUAGGGCGUUGGUCCUGGACGACGAUAUUAGGCACGAAUACGGAAAGGCACACGAGCAUGCAACUAUUAUGGCCAAGGGUGCUCUCGAUGUCAUCACGGGAUUAUUGGAAAGAUUUAAAAAGGACACAAAGGUCAUAGGUGACCUAAUGAUCACGUUGGCCGCGUUGGUUGUCCGAAAUGAAUUCUGUCAGGAAGUAGAAGAUGCCGGGGGAUUAAAAUUCAUUUUGGAUAUAAUGACCGAAUAUCCAGAUUCUGAAAAAUUGAAUUGGCAGGCUUUGAAGUUGCUCAAAGCGCUUGCUGGCAACGACAAUGUGAAGUCUCAUAUCGUCACUUCCGGAUGCGGUCCUUUAAUCGUAUCCUCUAUCAGUAGAAUGAAAAGGUCGGAGAACAUCGUAACUGCAGGAUUGAGUUGUAUAGCGGCGUUAUCUUUACGAAGCAGUUCAAAUGCUGGCGUGUUCUAUGAUUGCGGCGCGGCCCAAGUGAUCGUAGAUGCUAUGAAAGCAUAUCCUAAUAAUGUAAACGUCUUGAAACAAGCUUCUUGGGCAAUUAGAAAUAUGUCGGUGCGAAACAAGUCUGAAUGUAAGGAAUUCUUGAUGUAUGACGCUGAGGAAGUACUGCGAAAUGCGGUACGUUUGCAUGGUUCGAAAUUGGAUGAUAACGCGAAAGCCGCAUUAAGAGACCUGGGCCUGAAAGUAGAUUUGAAAGAAAGGUGGGCGGGAAAAGGCGUCAGUCUGAGUAACGAACGUUAUUAAUCACUGGCAGCAGCGUCAUCGUCAGAAUAUAAUAUCUAGAUUAUUUAAUUAACAAGUACAUUGAUCCAGUUUGGAUCUUGUACUUUGCUUUGUCUCACCUCGCAAUACUAGGCAUUAUUCAAUAAGAAUCUUAACUAACAGAAAUAAUAAGAUAUUUUUCUGCUCAACCUAAUAGUAGGAUAAAAUAUGAAUUUUGUAAAAUUGUCAAUUGCUGUUUUAAGUCUAUUGUUAAGUCUAAGUGACAUUGUAUAAAAUUUUAGUAGGUCAACUGAUUGAAGUUAAUUUGAGACAAAAUAUUUCCAAUGCAGAAAUAUAUUCUAGUAAUAUUUGACAAUAUUUUUUAUCCUUUAUGAUUAAAAUUUGCCACGUUAUAUUUAGAAAUUUCAUAUAGUGCCU